AUGUCUCAAAAACAGUACCCUUCCAUGAACCAUGCGGCCACUGAGCGUGGUUUGGCUUCCUCUACAUCCAAGGGCACUGGGCAUGUGGCGGGCGACAACACUGGGCAACCGUCUCUCGUUUCUGACGCAGCCGACAAGGUCGCUGCGGAGAAACGACCUACGGGCGAACCCAUCACCUCUUCUGGUCCCUCGACCGCUAAGCCAAUACCUCGUAACUUGCGUUUUACCAAAAAAAAGCCAACGCCAUCCAACGCCGGUACUUUGUCAGGUUCAGCUAUCCAGCCCAGCCCCUCCCAUCCGCCAGCGGUUGUCCCGGAUGCCCCUGGUCAUGGGUUCGGUGGUGGAGAGCCGCGAUUCUCAUUGCCAGAACGACCUGGGUGGGUCAUCGUCGAAUUUGAAGGCAGCACUCCAGUGCCUUUGACGCCUUCAGAACGGUAUCCAGUUCUCGAUCCUUUCAAUUACGACUGUGUUUCUGGUCAUCUACGGCGCACUACUUGGCCCAUGACCGAAUCUCGACUCAAACGUCUUGAGGAUGUCAUCAAAGAGGAUAAUGAACUUUUCGCGUCUGUCGACGUAUACUGUGUUAUACAUUGGCGACUAGUCGCAUCAAACAGUAUGAAGGCAAAAGCCUAUCAUUUUCAGGGGUAUCCAGAAGGUUUUUCGGCUGCGGAUCCAUACGAUCGGCAAGGCACUCUCCCCCUCUACGACGGUCAUUCAUGGGGAUACCCCAGGAUUGAUCCAAGUGACAUUGUGGAGAACCCCACCAUUUAUCGUUUAAGCCGUCCUCACUAUCCCUACCUCACCCGCUAUGCCGAUGACCCCCCCCUCGAUUACCACAGUAUAAUACAAGAUGAUUUCCGUAACGCUAGGCCGUGGAUAAUGAGUCAACACCUUCGCGAGAGGCUUGUCAAUUGGUUCGAGGUCGUCUACGAGUUAUACUUGGCCUGGAACCACCUUGCGUGUUGCCAUAACCCUGAUCCUCUCGUUCUUGCAGACUUCUGCCGUGGCGUGUAUGAGAUGAGAGCCUGGUGCACGUAUGCUAUGUUCACCAUGGUUGACGUACGGGUAUGGGACGGUCCACGAACAACAGAAAGACCUCAGAUAACCGCACACAUCGCGACAAGCCGCCCAGUCAGGGUGGAGCAACGUGUUCGAGUAAAUCUCUUCUUUGAGGAAAGCGCGUUGAGCAUCCUUCGGGCUUUCCCCUGGAUAGUCCAUCCACUGACAGAGGCGAAUAUGAAGCAAAGUCUUGUGUGGAUUGUUGCGGACGAGCUGGGCCUGUCUAAACCCCCUCGGCCGAUUGCCCUCCCCCAAUCGCCUUCCACUUCAAGUGCGCCUCCAAUUCCCGACAGCUCAGGCAGCUCGGAUAGUGGAUGUGAAUUGGAUAUAAGCACAACCAUGGUGAUGCAGCGGAAGUAUCCCCAACAGCAGGGUGAAAGCAGGCAGGCCUAUUCGAGGCGAAUUUAUAAGGAACUUCAGCGGGUGAAGGAAACACUCGAUCAUCCAGAGGGGCGAUUAUUGAUAGCUGGCGCAUACCUUGGGAGCGAGAUCUGUUUGAAGCGGAUAUCGGAGGAACAAGCCAAGCCAGCACUGGGUAACAAGGCUGGCAGAGGGGUGCGGACAUCCACUCUACGUCUGUAUCUUGACAAGUUGUGGCCCAAUUCACAGCGACGAGCGAUGAUGUCCGAAACCGAGCUCCAACAGCGUCGGAAGGAUAGUUUAACUAUUCUUCGAGACUCAGGAACAUCCUUUGAGGAUCUGCCCCCAGGCGUUCUGUCUGAGCUUGCUGUCUCACGACCGGCUGUGAUGGACAUUGAUCCACCUAGUACGAUGAGGCCUGUGGGACCACUAGCGUCAAUGUCUGUGGGCCUUGUUGAGCCUCAGUUGUCAAGCGAGGUCCAGGCAGGCGGUACUGUUGAGAGGCCUCGGACGCCACCAUCUCACCUCAUGAAGCGCUCUUGGUCUACAGUUCAAUCGCCUACAUCGCCCCCUUGA